AUGGAUCAGCUGUCUUGGGAGGCUUUCCUCUCUGAGCUCGACAUGGAGAACGAAUUUGAUAUAAGAGGAACGAAUUCGGAUCAGGAUGAUGAAGGACAAUGUUUUCUCAGAGAUAUCCUGCAGGACCCGAAUAAUUUAUUAUCUUCAGAUAGUGAAACGAUUCUGCCUCCGACCCCUGUGCCCGACGGCGGGGCCACCACCGGCAACUCAGCCAACUCCAGUUUCGUCGUCAACUCUCAACAAUCUGCUUCCGAAACAACACCCCGAACCGCUUGCGUUCUGUCUUUCGAUCAAUCCGUUGUGAUUCCCGAUAUCCCAGACCCCAGUUAUAAUCAUUCGCUCCAGAGAAAAGAUGUUAGCAGUUAUUCCUUGGAGCCCAAACGGACCGUUGAAAUGCUUGACUAUGAACCAGCGAUGAACAGAGGCAAAAAGAAGGCCAGAAGCGGUGCUGGGGCCAUGGAUCACAUACUGGCUGAGAGAAGAAGGAGACAGGAACUCACAGAAAAGUUCAUAGCACUUUCGGCCACCAUCCCCGGCUUGAAAAAGAUUGACAAGGCGUCUAUACUGAGCGAAGCUAUAAGUUACGUGAAGCGGCUUCAAGAACGUGUGAAAGAACUUGAGAAAGAGGCGAACAAGAUAACGUCUGCAGAUGAUGACAAUGAUGAUAUUGACAGAGCAGGCACGCCGGCGUCGAGUGAAGUGAACUCCGGCGACAGGUACACACCCAACAACGACGUACUCCCCGAUGUCAAAGCAAGAAUGUCCGACGACAAACAAGCGCUCAUCAGAAUCCUCUGCAAGAAACAGGACUGUGCAAUGCUUAGAAUGCUUGAUGAGCUCAAAAAUCUUAAUCUCAGUGUCAUUCCAUUUGGCUCCUCUACUCUUGAUGUUACCAUUAUUGCUCAGUAUGCCUAA